AUGAACUAAAAUGCAAAUAUCCACACACCCACACCCGGGAGUUGUCCCUGCGGCCUAGUCAUGUGGUUACCUCUUUAUGGGGGGGCUAUACUCUGCGAGAGUAUUUCCCCAUCGUGGCCUCAGCCUCGCUGCGUUGCUGGUGUGCCCUGUUCUGCAGCCUACAGGAUCCUCUUCCCCCUCCGAUACAGAUGCACGUCAAGUGAUAAUAGCAGCCGAGUACCGACCGACCUUGGGACGUCGUUCGUCUGCACCCGCUGCAAUUCAUUUCAUCGUAUAGAUAAGUCAUCGGUAUUCGUUGUCGGGGUUGCCUAUGACCCACCCGGUCGAUUGAAAAAGUGCUGCACCCGCCAUCGUCGUCGACGCCCUGCACGUUGCGUCUCGCCGCCCUCUCAUACACGCAUCAGCAGGUCGUUGUGCACACUUUCCGCCGGCGCUGACACUUACCACCAACGCGUUUCCGUCUCCGUGGCGCAUGAAGCGUGACGCGCGACCCCUCUUUCUGCCCUUGCCAGAACUGUGCAAAGCUCCGCCACCCAACAUGCGCACGACCAAAAAGACACUCCUCAUCCAAGGGCUCCUCGCCUUGGCGCCGCUGCUGGCCGCGCCGCCGCCCGCGGCAGCCAGUCCGCAAUUCGCUCUGCCGGGCCUGGUCAGCCCACAGCAGCGACGUUGCGCUGCUGCACCUGCUGCCGCUGUGCUCUCGCUUGCGGCGCCACUGAGUGCGACGAGCUGCUCCGGUACAAACUCUAGUACUGCCAGCAAAGACAGCGAAGAUGAGAAUGAGGAGGCUGGCGACGGUGGUGAGGACGGCGAACCCCGCAGCGCUUCGCCUAGAUCCUUUGCGGCGACGACUACAACCUCCGCACACCAGCAAUCACGCCCGACGACCGCCGCGCUCGCCGCGCAGCUUUGUGCAGCCUUGCCUGCGCAGCUCUUCGCGCCUAGCGGAUCACAGCUCACUUUCAAGGAGGCCCCCGUUGCCACGUGGUACGAGGACGGUUCCAACCCCAGUCUCGAGCUGCUUGCCUCUACCUAUCCUGACGGCUGGAUCCCGCCCGGGACAGACGUGGCGUCGAUCCUCGACGGUGUCGGACCUGAUAUUGACAUCACCCGCGACUAUGGGUAUGGGCGACAGGGCCAAACGCAUGAGAGCAGGCUGAUCGCGGCCAACGGUCCAUUAGGCGGCUUGCCUGGGUUCUGUCGCGUCGCAGCGCGUAUCAUCACUUCUCCCUUGACGUCCGUCCUGACCGAGGUGUGGCUCCCAAUAGCCGACAGCACGGCGUACCCCAAGUCGCACAACACAGGACCAUCGCCCCACCAGAACCCGCCACAGCCUCUGGCGCCGGUAAACGCAUCAGACUACCCGACAGCCAGCACUCCUAUCGUCAUCGAUGUACCCACCACGCGCGACGCAGGCCACCUCAAGUCCGACUGGCAGCAGGAGUACGGCCAAGGCGCCGUGUACGACCAGAGCAAGGCGCAGGAGAAGUUCUUCUACGCCAAGGGCCCCUCCUACGUACUCGCCAGCAACGCAAACCGACUCGGCGACCCGCAGGAAGUGUCUGCCACCAGCGGCAUGGCCAGAGCGCGCAGGGACGAGGUAUUGCAGCAUUCCGACAACGGAAACGACCUGCAAACACGUGCUGGACGAGGAGACAAGGUACUCACUGGUGCACAAGUGUAUGGAAACGGCAUUUCAACCGCGUGGAACGGGCGGCUGCUGUUCAUCGCAAACGGAGGCCAGCGCGGCUUCGUCCCCUACCCAGACCUGAAGCAAAAUCUGAACCGGCACCGUUUCGUCGUCGUCGGCUCCAACUCUGGCCACUUCUCCACCACUGGUGGGGUCUCGUGGGUUAAUGGCAGCCAGUACGCCGACACUAUCCUCGACUGGGCUAGCCGCGCGACGCACGUCAGCAAGAUCCUUGGCGAAGAAGCCAUCGACGCAUUCUAUGGCUCUGAUGCAGGUGUCCGCGUCAAGCGGACCUCUUCCGCUGUGACUGCGGCAACGGCAAGCAACAAGCACGAUGGCAAGCAGCCCAAGGACUCAGCCCAGGUGAAACAGCACCACAAGGGAAUGGGCAAGCGCGUUCGCGCCUACUUUGCCGGUUGCUCGGUCGGCGGCAAGGCGGGCCUGAGCUCAGUUCAGGUGUACCCGGACGACUUUGACGGCGUGCUCGUCGGCUCUCCCGCCAACUACUUUAACCGCCUGAACGCCGGCCAGAUCCACACGCAGCGCUCGGGGCGCCCGCAGGUGGCGAUGGGCGGCUACUUCCGCAUCGGCAAGUACUGGUCUGCGAUCCACGCGACGGUGCUCAAGCAGUGCGACCACCUCGACGGCGUCCGCGACGGCGUCAUCGCCGAUGCGGAGCGCUGCAACGUCGACUUUGCCAAAGACCUGCUGUGCGGCAGCACUGCCAAUGACAGCCUGUACGCCAACGACACCAAGCACUGCCUCAACAGUACGCAGAUCGAAACCCUCAACGAGCUCUAUCGUCCCACCGUGCUCGAGGGAACUAAGGUAUACGAACGCUACCUGCCCGGCCUCGAGCGUUCGCCCGCCACCUUGACUGGUGCCGCUGCUAAGUCCAUCGACUGGUUCGAGCUCGCCAUCCUUCAGAAGCCCACUCUCGACCCCAAUUUUGACGGGUACAACAAUAUCACGCUUGCCGACGUACAGCUCGGCGAGCGCGAGAACCCCGGCGGAUCCAACGGCGACAACACCGACAUCUCCGCCUUCCUCGCCAAUCCGCGCCGCAAGCUGCUGCACACACACGGCAGCGCCGACCUGACCGUCUCGCCGCUGAUGAGCACAAAGUAUUACAAGGACGUGCAGCGCAACUCACGCUUGCCACGCGGCAGGAAGCUCUCAGAUAGCUACCGGCUCUUCAUGAUCCCCGGCAUGGGCCACUGCCGCGACGGUGACGGGCCAUGGCAUUUCGGCCACGUGACGCAGAACGACGCCGGCAACCGUCCGCUGCAGUUCGACACACGUCACGACAUCCUCCUCGCCCUCGUCGCGUGGACCGAGCAGGAGCUCGUGCCGGCGUACCAAGUCGGCGCAGCGUACGGCCUCCUUGGUGGCGUCACACCAGCGGAUCCAGACAACCCCCCCACCAAGACCGUAUCGGACGUGCCCACCUGGUUUUCCAGCUACGAGUACGGCGUCAGAUUCACACGCAAGCUCUGCCCGUACCCCCAGAAGGCCAGGCACCUGCACGGCCCUACCACUGGCAUCAAGUCCUAUCAGCACUUCUCCUGCGAGUAGGGCAUCCGAUAAAGGGUCGGCGCACCGUGCUUCGUAUGUGAUGGACAUUUUACUUGAAUUCGAUCUCUAUUUACUGUGCCUAGAUUGGAAUGCUACAUGUGCAAACCCUGCAGAAGGGUGAUACUUGAAAUGGACGGUGUAUUG